CUUCACGAAUGGCACUUGCUGCUGCUGCUGCUGCUGCUGCUGUGAUGGGAUUUAUAUUGGUGACGUCAUCUCUGAUGGGUAACAUUGUGGCCGCCGUCUCCUCCAUGGCAAUCCUGGAAACAUCUUCGACUUCAUCUUCCUGUGUUGGUGAUCCAGGAAUGAAGAGAGAUGGGUUGAGAGUGGCAUUCGAAGCCUGGAACUUUUGCAAUGAAGUUGGAACCGAAGCCCCUUCCAUGGGUAGUCCCAGAGCUGCUGAUUGCUUCGAUCUCUCUUCCACAAAUAAAUUAGAUGGAGGAGGGUAUUACUUAAAUCACAAAGUGACGGAGGCUGAUAACAGGCUCGGGGUGGGCAACUCAUUUCCAGGACUGAGUCCUAAAGCGCUUCAAGAUCCAGACCUGUACGCAGCAGAAAAAGAGCUGUAUCUGGGCACUCUAUGCCAAGUCAUACCGAACGACACUGCUGACCCAUGGCAGUUUUGGAUGAUUAUGUUGAAGAAUGGCAAUUACGACACCACCUCUGCUCUGUGUCCUCAGAACGGUAAAAAGGUGCCACCUUUCCCGCCCGGAAGAUUUCCUUGUUUUGGAGAUGGCUGUAUGAAUCAACCUGUAUUGGCCCAUCAGCCCACAUCCAUCACCUGGUCUCGAACUGGGUCUACAAAUACAGCAAUUUCAGAUUUGGUUCCAGUUAUGCGAGGUGGUUUCAAUGGCAGCUACGAUGAUUUUAGUGCCACUAGUGUCUCAUAUUUUGAGGUAACGUGGGAGAAGAGCGUUGGGGUUGGUAGUUGGGAAUUCAAUCACAAAUUGAAAACAUCCCACAAGUACCCAUGGCUGAUGCUGUACCUGAGAGCUGAUGCUACCAAAGGUUUCUCCGGUGGCUAUCACUACGACACAAGAGGCAUGCUUAAUACCCUCCCAGAGUCCCCUAAUUUCAAAGUGAGAUUGAGUCUGGAUGUGAAAAAAGGAGGCGGAGCAAAGAGCCAAUUCUACCUGAUAGAUAUGGGCAGUUGCUGGAAAAACAAUGGUGAUCCUUGUGAUGGAGAUGUGUUGACAGACAUUACCAGAUACAGCGAGAUGAUCAUCAAUCCUGAAAUCCCAGCAUGGUGUGGUCCUUCGGCACUUGAAAACUGUCCACCUUACCACAUUACUCCCAACAACACAAAGAUUUAUAGGAACAACACUCGCAACUUCCCGUAUGGGGCGUAUCACUAUUACUGUGCUCCCGGGAAUGCGCAGCACUUGGAGAAGCCAUACAGCACCUGUGAUCCAUACAGCAAUCCACAGGCACAAGAACUUGUACAGUUGCUGCCUCAUCCCAUAUGGAGGGAAUAUGGAUAUCCAACAAAGCAAGGAGAGGGAUGGGUGGGGGAUGCCAGGAGUUGGGAGCUUGAUGUUGGUGGCCUGUCCGCUAGACUUUACUUCUAUCAGGAUCCAGGAAGUAAAGCUGCUAAGAGGGUAUGGACAUCACUUGAUGUUGGAACUGAGAUAUUUGUAAGCAACAAAGAUGAAGAGGCAGAAUGGAGAGUGAGCGACUUUGAUGUUAUCAUCACAUGAUGCUAAUCAACACCCAUCACAUUUAUAUUUAGAUUUGUAAUAAAUAAUAAGUCCUUUGAAAUGCAUGUUUCUGGGAAUUAGAUUUGUGUUUUGCCUCUGCAACAAACAUACUCUCAUACUGUUACUGUAAGUAAAAAGCGACAAGUUUUAUUUGAAAUCUUAAUCUAAAAGAAAUGGUUGCAUUUUGA